UAUUUCAAAGAUGGAGGCACAACAUGGAUGCGCCAUUCGAGCGAUUUGACCUGUACGUGACAUGGCAGAAGCGAGUAUUUCAGUGGUUCAGGAUCAGUUCAUCUGUUCAAUCUGUCUGGAUUUACUGAAGGAUCCAGUGACCAUUCCCUGUGGACACAGUUACUGUAUGAGCUGUAUUACAGACUGCUGGAUUUGGGAUGAUCGAGGAGUUUAUAGCUGCCCUCAGUGCAGACAGACCUUCACUACAAGACCUGUUUUAAAUAAAAACACCAUGCUGGCUGAAGUGGUGGAGAAACUGAAGAAGAGAAAAUUUCAGACUGAUAGAUCUGCUCUCAGUUAUGCUGGACCUGAAGAUGUGAAGUGUGACAUUUGUACUGGGAGAAAAUACAAAGCUAUCAAGUCCUGUCUGAUGUGUGUGAACUCUUACUGUCAAACUCACUUUAAACUUCAUGAAGAACUUCAAUCAGAUAAACGACACAAAGUGAUUGAUGUCACCAAAAGACUCCAGCAGAUGAUCUGCAUAAAACAUGAUAAACAAAUGGAAAUCUACUGUCGUACUGACCAACAAUGUAUUUGUUAUCUUUGUACAAUGGAUGAGCAUAGAAAUCAUGACACUGUUGCAGCUGUAGUAGAGAGAAGAGAGAAACAGCUGAUUUUGAAGGAGACACAGAGAAAAUCCCAGCAGAGAAUCCAGGAGAAAGAGAAGCAGCUUCAGGACCUAAGAGAGGCUGUGAAAACUUACAAGAUCUCUGCGCAGACAGCAGUGGAGGACAGUGAGAGGAUCUUUACUGACCUGAUCCGAUCCAUUGAGAGAAGACGAUCUGAGGUGACACAGCUGAUCAGAGAUCAGGAAAAGACUGCAGUGAGUCAAGCUGAAGAACUCUUGAAGAAACUGAGGUGGGAUAUUGAUGAUCUGAGGAGGAGAAAUGAUGAGAUGGAGAAACUUUCACAAACAGAAGAUCACAUCAGUUACCUUCAGAGUUUUCAGUCUCUCUCCUCAUCUCCUGGAUUUUCAAACAUCACUGUCAGUUCUUUUCUCUCUUUUGAUGAUGUGAGGAAAUCUGUCACUAAACUGAAAGAAAAGAUGGAGGAUUUCUGUAAAGAAGAGAUUGAAAAGAUAGGUGGCAAAGUUUCAUCCACUGAAGUUAUUUUCUAUGAACCCAAGACCAGAGCAGAGUUUUUACAGUAUUUUAGUCUGUUCUCUAUGGAUCCAAACACAGCACAUAGACGUAUCUGUCUGUCUGAAGAUAACAGAGUGGCUACUGGCACUAAGAGAGAUCAGCAGUAUCCUGAUCAUCCAGACAGAUUUGAUUAUUAUCUUCAGGUGUUGUGUAGAGAGAGUUUGUGUGGACGCUGUUACUGGGAGAUUGAGUGGAGUGGGAGUAAUGGUGUGGGUAUAUCAGUGUCAUAUAAGAGCAUCAGCAGGAAGGGAAGCGGUCAUGGGUGUCGACUGGGAUUUAAUGAUCAGUCCUGGAGAUUGAUCUGCUCUCCCUCUGAAUGCUCAUUCUGGCACAAUAAGAUAUGGCUCAAUAACAUAAUGACAGAUCUUAGUGUACUCUUUAGGUCUUGUAGCUUUCUACAGCGUCUCCGACACAAUGACCCUCAUUCACAGAGUCAACACCACAUUCAACGAACCUCUCUAUCCUGGGAUUAG